AUGAACACCAUUACCAUCAAUACAAGUCCUUUAUAUUUAUCAAGACGAACACCACGUCGUAAACUAUUUUCUUCAAGUGAAGAUGAUGAUAGUCCACUAUUAAUGUCAUUGAAAACAUCAAAAUCAAUAUCAAUUAUUGAUAAUAAUAAUAAUUCAACAAUUAUUCCAAUAACCGAUAUUGUUGAAACACGACCAACAUUAUCUUUAGUUGAAAAUAAUCAUGUUAUAUUAACUCGUCAAUCAAAACUUGAACAUUUUGGAUUUGAUAUGUUACCACGUUCAACAACAACAUUAAAACGUCAAUUAUGUAAAGAAAAAUCAAACUCAAUUAAUAAUUCACUUAUUCUUAUGCAACGUAAUAAAAAAAUGCGAACUAUGGAAGUACAACAACCGAUUACAUCAUGUCAUUCAAUGAAAACAAGAUUUCAAUUAUCAUCAUCAGAUUCACAUUCAGAUCAUUUAGUUAAAUUAUUUGAUAAAACACUUUCAACGGUAACACCUGUACGUGAUAGUACAAAUAAUGAUAAUAGUAUUAAUAAUCGAUAUCAACGUGGACAACCAUUACCGUUAAUAUUAUCAGAUAGUAGUCAUGAAGAUGAUAUGCCUGUAUUGGCAUUAAAUGAUAGUGAUUUAUUAUCAAAUGAAAAUAAAAAACGAACAUUUGAACAAUUACAAACCGAUGAGAACAGCUGUGGUCGAUCAUUAAAACGAAGUAAAAUUACACAUGAUGAAGAAAAUAAAGAAAAUGCAUUUUUUAUUCCACCACCUGUAUCAAUUCGUAUUCGAAGAGGAUUAGUUCGUAGUUUAUCAGAACAACAACCAAGUAUAAAUGAAGAACAAAUAAAAGCUUCAGUUGAACUUGGUUCAAAUCAUAAUUUAAUCGGUGAUCGUAGUCGAUCUUAUUUAUUACCACGAUGUAUGAGUCGAAAACAUGCUGAUCUUGCUUGUAUCAGUGCUGAAACAAUGAUCGAUCUUCUUCGAGGUAAAUAUUCAUCUGAGAUAGAACAAUUACAUAUAAUCGAUUGUCGCUAUCCGUACGAAUACGAUGGAGGCCAUAUAUCGAUAGCAAAAAAUUUCUUUACAAGACCACAAAUUCAUCAAGAAUAUUUUCGAUCACCAAUUAAACUAAAAGAUUCAACAAAACGAAUUGUUUUUGUAUUUCAUUGUGAAUUUUCAUCAGAACGUGCACCAUCACUUUUUCGUUAUAUGCGAUCAGAAGAUCGAAAUAUUCAUGCAAAUAAUUAUCCAGCUCUACAUUAUCCAGAAUUAUAUUUAUUAGAAGGUGGUUAUAAAGCAUUAUUUGAAUAUUCAACUGAAUUCUGUAAACCAAAUUUUUAUCGUACAAUGUUAGAUGAAAAAUUUCAAGAACAAUGUCGACAAUUUCGAUCAUUUUCAAAACAAUCAGAAAAAUUUACUUGUUUAAGAGAAGAUAUAUCAAAUGUUGGUUAUGGUAUUCAAAAUAAUAAUAGACGUACACGUACAACAAUACUUCGUUCAAGUUUAUCAUUAUAUUUUACGAAUACAUCACUAACAAAUCAAAUUGAUUUCUCUUGA